AUGCAGCACGAAUCCCCUCCAUUCCCAUCCCUCUUUUGGAAACCCCAAUACUCAACUGUCGUCCUCAAACGGCUAGACGAUAUGUGGCGCUUCACCGUCUACUGGACACUGAUCCUGUACGGGCUCUUCCACAUGGGCGCCGUUGCCUACGCUCUACUCAUGCAGUUGCCCAAGGCGCGCUCCAGCUGGAAGUUCCUGUGGCUCGUGCCGUUGACGUACUUUAUCGUUGCCGCUGCAGAGGCUCUUAUCGCAGGUAGCGUCGUGGGUUUGAUUGUUGGCGCGAGCUAUCUCGUUGGCGGCUUCACCAUGUCAACCUGGAUCCCCUUUGUCUGGGGCUGGGUCAAUUUGCUUAUUCUGGUCAUUUCGUCUUUCAGAAUGCAGGGCGAAGUCGAAGUUCUCAUCCGCUGGAGCACCAUCCCCGACCUCGAAGUCACCACCACAUCGCCAACAACUUUAGCUCCGAACACCUCCUACAACCCCGAUCGCAUUUACCAACUCCACCAGCCGAAAUCCCUCGCCGGCAUCGCCGGGCGCUCCUUCAUGCUAGGCAGCACCUUCACCCUCGGCCUGCUGCUCACCUUCUACCUCUCUUUUGUGCUCUCCUCCCCCAUCUGGCGCCUGGCCUUCUUUCUCACCACCCUCUCCACAUUCCACUACCUCGAGUUUCUCACCACCGCAGCAUACAACACCCGCGCGGCCGACACCUCGUCGUUCCUCUUAACCGCGAACUGGCCUGCUUACGCGAUAGCUCACACUGUCGCCUUUCUGGAGUGCUUCCUCGCACACUUCUUCCUUCUCCCCUCCUCUUGGGGUAUUUCGUUCUUCCUCACCCCGUACCACGUUCUCACCUCCCCUUUUGUAGUUUUCCUCGGCCUCCUCCUCGUCAUCAUGGGCCAAGCAAUCCGCUCCCUGGCCAUGAUCCACGCCGGCCCCUCCUUCAACCACCACGUGCAGUUCCACCGCUCUUACGACCAUGUUUUGGUCACCACUGGCAUUUAUUCCCUGCUCCGACACCCAAGUUACUUUGGUUUUUUUACUGGGCGCUGGGAACGCAGCUCGUCAUGGGGAAUGUGUUGA